AUGCUACUUGUGCGGUAUUAUUGGGAGAUUAUUGAAUUGAGUGUUGAAAAGGUAAUAAGAAGUUAUGGAAAGGAGAAUUUAAUGGGUGAUAAUGCUGAUGAAAUCAUGGCUCCCCCAAAUCAAGGUCCGGAUUUACAAAUUCCAAAUUCUUCAAAUACAAGUAAGCAACAAGAAGAACAUACAAAUACAAGAAAAAUUGGAAGAGGAAGAACUAUUGGCUUAGGUAUUGUAAAAAAGAAAAAGAAGAGCUCUAUUGGAAAAUUGCAAGUUGUUAUUCCAAGUGAUAAAAUGGUAGCUGUUGGACCAGGAGCUGCAAAUUUUGUGACUGAGAUUUCAAUAGUUGUCCUAAAGAAUGCUCCUUUUAAUGUCAAAAGGUGGAGAAAAGUACCACAAGAUGUACAUGACAAGAUAGUUUCAAAAGUUUUGGAUACUUUUGACAUUGAUAAUACAACACACAACAGGGAUGUCAUUCUCGAUACUGCUAAAAGACUCUAUCGAAAUCAUAGAUGUAGAUUCCAUCGACACUUUAGCCAAUACAACACAAAUGAGACAGCUUUAGAACAUAAGCCAGAUGAUAUAAGUGAGGAAGAUUGGAAGUAUUUGGUGGAUUAUUUUUCAAGUGCUAACUAUAAGGCAAUUAGUGAAAGGAACAAAUUAAAUAAAACAAAACAAGUUAUGAAUCAUAGAUGUGGAAGGAAGUCAUUUCAAGCUGUUAGAUAA